AUGGGAAGUGGAUCUGCAAAAUCAAAUAAAGUACAAGUGCAAAAAUGCGAAAGAGCAAGCAUCUCUGUACCAGCGGCCACAGCGAUGCGGGCUGCUCUGCUGAUCCAGCGCUGGUACAGACAGUACGUCGCCCGUUUGGAGAUGAGACGACGCUGCACCUGGAACAUCUUUCAGUCCAUUGAGUAUGCUGGAGAACAGGACCAGAUCAAGUUAUAUAACUUCUUUGGUUACCUCAUGGACCAUUUCACACCAGCAAGCAAUGAAAGGAACCUCAUCUCUCAUAUCUUUAGAGAGAAUGAGGUCAUCCAUGACAUAGAGUGGGAGAGGUAUUUUUGCUAUAAGAACAUAGAGGUUCCAGAAUACUACACUGGACCCCACCUCGCUUUCCCACUGACUGUUACCAAUGUCACUGACAUGGUGGAGGCCUUCAAAAAGAAACAACAGCUCCACUCUCGGUACGUUCUCCAGCUCCUUGGAGAGACAUGGAAACUGCUGAGGGUCCUUCCAAAUAUCAACCAUGUGUCCACCUGUCACACCAAAGAAAUCACCAUCUGUGGAGAUCUACAUGGACAUCUUGAAGACCUGCUCCUUGUCUUUUAUAAGAAUGGUUUUCCAUGCAUGGAAAGACCGUACGUGUUUAACGGAGACUUUGUGGAUCGGGGAAAGGACUCCAUUGAAAUUCUGUUGAUCCUGUUCGCAUUUUUUCUGGUGUAUCCCAACGAAGUUUAUCUGAACAGAGGAAACCACGAAGACCACAUUGUAAAUCUGAGGUAUGGCUUCACUAAAGAGGUUCUGGGGAAAUACAGGCAACAUGGUAAGAAGAUUCUGAAGCUGCUUCAAAAGAUUUUCAGCUGGUUGCCCCUGGCGACAGUCAUUGACCAGAAAGUUCUAAUUCUGCAUGGUGGGAUCUCUGACACCACAGACCUCAACGUCAUUUCCAAAAUGGACAGACACAGGUACGUCUCAACACUCAGACCUCCUAAGAAGAGAAGUCGAGUGAUUAAAGCCAAGCAGGAGGAUUCAGAUCCAGAUGAUGACAGCGUGAGUCAGAAAGCUGGAGACAUCAGGAAGAGAAGGGUCCGUUCUCUGACCAAUGGCAGUUCUGUGUUACCACGACAUGAGCACCAGCGUUAUUCUCUGCAGAUGCAGUCCAGUCGUGUUGGGAAAUCCGUGGAGGAAGAGAUCCAGGAGCGAAGGCGUAGGGUUGGACUCAGUCUGUCCUGCAGUCAUCUCCAGUCCUCUGUCUCCUCGGACUCUGAUCCAGAUUCCUGUGACUUGCUGGAGGCCGACGCAGACGAGUGGAAACAGAUAGUGGAUAUCCUGUGGAGUGAUCCUAUGCCUCAGGAUGGCUGUGUUCCUAAUGAGGUGCGUGGGGGAGGCUGCUACUGGGGCCCAGACAUAACAGAGGAGGUGCUUGGCCGACACAAUCUGCAGCUCCUCAUCCGCUCUCAUGAGUGUAAGCAGGAGGGCUACGAGUUCUGCCACAACCGCAGGGUAUUGACCAUAUUUUCUGCAUCUAAUUACUAUGAGGUUGGCAGUAACAGAGGAGCUUACAUCAGAUUGGGUCCCAAUCUCGUCCCGCAUCUCAUUCAGUACCAGGCUAGCAGAACCACCCGAGAGCUCACACUCAGACAGAGUGUUGGCCGAACAGAACGCUCUGCUCUCCGUGCACUUAGGGAACAGCUGUUUGCUCAUAAGUCAGAUCUCAUUAGUGCCUUCCAAAUGUACGACCCAGAGCACACAGGCAUGAUAUCACUGAGGCAUUGGGCCAGUGCCAUGGAGACAGUGUUGAGGCUAGGCCUGCCUUGGCGGGUCCUUAGGUCCCAGUUAGUGUCCAGCAGUACACAUGAAGGCAUGUUGGAUUACCACCAGUGGAUUAAAGAGCUUGCCAUCAUGGAACCUAAUACUGAGCUGGCCCACACAAGCUUGCUGGAGACCAUGUAUAAACAACACUCUAACCUAGAGACCAUCUUUAGGAUAAUAGACACAGAUAACUCAGGUUUCAUCUCAUUCGAAGAAUUCCGUCAGACAUGGAAGCUGCUGAGUUCCCAUUUGAAAACAGAGAUCAGCGACAAAGCCAUCUUUGACCUGGCCAUGAGCAUCGACUUCAACAAGGAUGGGUGCAUUGAUAUCAAUGAGUUCAUGGAGGCAUUCCGUUUGGUAGAUGCGACCCAGCUUAAGAGAGAGGACAGUUCAAUUGGGGUCGUGCCCACUGAUCUGCUGCAACCAGACAAACCUUGA